AUGAUGGAUGAGUAUACCCCACAUAGAACCACUCAGCGCUCAUUUUCAUUUCUGUUUCAGCCUGGAGUCACAAACUUGCGGAUCGACACUUUCCCGAGUGCUUCUUAUCCCAAAUUGCAACGCUGGUUUGCGCAUAUGCGAUCAAGACCGGAGGUGAUGACGGUCAGUCAACCUCUUUGGCGACAUCGAUUAUUCAAUCAGGGAUAUGUGGCCGGGAAUCCUGACUAUGAUGCUGGGCUGGACCUCCGCAGACAUCACUGA